AUGGAUCGUCUUCACGUUCCAAUUAUGGCGGAUUCUCUUCUUUCCUCCAUUGACACUUUUAACACAACCAAGAUAAUCGUCACAAAUCCCACCAAGUACUCCUUCAUUGGACCCGUUCCUGAAACCAUGCUUGCUUGUGUCUCUACAUCGGGUAAUGUUCUGCAACAAUAUCGAAAGAUUCCGUCUUCGGGUCCAAGGGAGCUAACACCAACCAUGGUUCGCUCCAUUGAAGAAGCUGACAAGCCAGCGAAAAGGGGAAAGAAAACUAACACCCAGAAAGAGGCGCAUGUUUCCAAACCAACUAAGGGGCAAACCCCUAAGAAGAAAAAGUCUGACAAGGCUGCUCCAUCCCAAUCUCAACCGAAGAAGCAGAAGAAGCCUGCUAGGAAGCUUAUACUCCAAUCUUCCAGUGAUUCAGACUCAGAGUAUGUUCCUCCCAACCAUAAGUCUGUUCCUCCUUCAGAAUCCGAGAGCGAAAGCUCUGAUGACGAGGCUUCGAGUCGAGGUGAUACUCCACCUCGCUCCCCUACCCCAGAAAUUCCAGUUCGCUCCCAACCUCCUUCUCCUCCACCUGUUACCAUCCCAGUAUCCAUCCCUCCAAUAUUUCCUAUCCCCACUACUCAACCAUCCGCUACAAUUCCCAUCCCUACUCCUAUAUUCACAGACACUACUACCACCACUACUACCACAGGGGCUCAUUCUACAGCUCCCACUCCACUUGUUACAACCGAACCACCAAUAAAAACCACUCAACCAACCAAUACCAAACCCUUAUCUCAUACUCCAUAUACAGAAACCAACCCUGUUCUAGGCGGUGAGGACUUGGAAUUUGAUUCCACUUAUUUUAGUCCUUACCGUGUCCAGAGUGAUGAAGAUGAUGAUGAGCCUGUUACCAAGCGUCAUCUCAAAGCAGUAAAUGACAAAAUCGAUCAACUGCUUUCCUCCUCUUCCUCUAGAGCUUAA